AUGAGGUCAACUCCCACCCGCUUCCUUUCCUACAUCAACUCGCAUCUUUCUGCAGCAGCAUCACUCGCAUCCUCCUCCAAGAUGAAGCUCCUCUACCCCACCUCUCUCAAGCUCGACGUUUCCCAGAUCGAGGGUUUCCCCUCCGUCACCCUCCACCCCUACGACGUCAAGGCUCCCAUUCCCGAGGAGCACGUUGACGCCGAGGUCCUCGUCACCUGGACCAACUCCUCCGACAACCUUAAAGAUGCUGUGAACCGUUUGACCAAGCUGCGCUGGAUCCAGUCCCUCGCCGCCGGCCCCAAUGACGUCCUCAGCGCCGGCUUCGACACCUCCAAGGUCGCCGUCACCACCGGCUCCGGUCUCCACGACCGCACCGUCGCCGAGCACACCCUCGGUCUUCUCCUCAAUUCCGCCCGCAGGUUCUACGAGAUGCGGGAUUAUCAGCUCCAGGGCAAGUGGCCCGGCCACCUCGGCGGCCCUCAGCCCGAUCGCCCCUCCGACAGAUUCACCACCCUCCGUGACGCCCGUGUGCUGAUCUGGGGUUUCGGAAACAUCGCCAAGACCCUCACUCCCUCUCUUGUGCAACUUGGAUCCCAGGUUCGCGGAGUUGCUCGCCGCCAGGGUGUCCGCGAUGGCAUUGAGGUCUACUCGGAAGACAAGCUUGCCGAGCUUCUACCAGAGACCGACGCUCUCGUCAUGAUCCUCCCCGGUGACCCAUCCACAAAGCAUGCUCUCAACGCCGAGAGGCUGAAGCUCCUCCCCAAGCACGCCUGGGUCGUCAACGUCGGACGUGGCACCUCCGUCGACGAGGAUGCCCUCUACGAUGCUCUUGUGGAGGAGAGGAUCGGCGGUGCCGCUCUUGAUGUGUUUGAGACAGAGCCUCUUCCUGAGCCAAGCAAGCUCUGGAAGGCACCUAACCUCAUUCUCAGCCCACAUGCGGCUGGUGGCAGGCCACAGGGUGCCGAGCAGUUGAUCGUCGAGAACUUGAGAAGGUUCUUGGCUGGUCAGCAAUUGAAGAACCUCAUUUAA